ACCAAGUGCAGGCGGACACAACCUAUUUACUUACUAUCCGUGAUAUAAGUAUUAUGAUAUUCAGGCAAUCUGCAUGCUGUCAGAUAAAUCUUCUCUUUACAACUUCCGACAUCUGACGUUUACGUCUUCAUUUGGCAUCACAUGGAAGCUAUAAAAUAAACUUUAUAUCAUUGUGCUUUUAAAUUCAUUCACAUGUGACUCAUGUAAUGUGAGAAAGCUUUAAUACAAGGAACUUAAUUGAUAUUUUUGGAAGCCGGCAUUUGUUUAGUGGGCUUUCACAGGACCUCGUCUCUCCCGGCUACGUUUUCGACGAACCAGAGUGGAUUCUCAGCUCUCGUAAGGACUUUCAUCGACAUCAUGGAUCUACCAGCGCCGUCAAUUAUUAGGGACUUGAAGCGGCGUCUCUUUACACCCCUCGUCAUCUUAGCCGAGAUCUUAGGGGUGCUAUCGGUGGUCCUCAUAGGGGUAUGGGUGGCUUAUUACCCGGUUAGAUCUGGAUUUCAUUGGGACCUUCUGGGAAAAAUUUAUAUUCAUCCUUUCAUUAUGACGGUGGGCAUGGUUUUCGUUUUCGGAAAUAGCACACUACUCUAUCGCAUCUCUGACCGGCUAUCUAUCCGUCCCAAGCUUGUAAAAACAUGUCAUGUAGUGAUGAUGAUGAUCGUGCUCGCAUGUACAGCCGUUGGCAUCUACCUUGCCGUUACCUCCAUCAUAGGGAAGACAUUGGACAACGUUCAUGCCGUGCUGGGCAUUGCGACCACCACCUUGUUCGUUUUACAGUUUAUAUGUGCGUUGUUUAUCUUCGUCACACCAUGCGCACCUGAAUGGUUAAAAGUGUCCUAUUUGCACCUCCACGCUUUCAUCGGGAUCCUGACACUGGUGUCUGCUACGGCUACCUGUCUCACUGGAAUUCAAGUCGGUCAAGCUUUUUUCGGUAGUCAUCCAGCAAUCUCCCUGUCUUUGACCAUGUUCAUCCCAGCCUUCACAGCAAUCAUCAUAUACAUCCUGAGCAAUGAAGUUUAUCGUGCAAAGAGAAAUCACCAAAUUAAUUAGUUCAAUCGUCUGAUCGUUAAACAUAGUCAUGAUUGUAGAGGUGUCGUGGUCAAGCGGAUACGACAAUGGACUGUGGAUCACAUUGUUCGCGAUUCGAGUUCCGCCGCGGUACCAAUGUCCUUUGGCAAGACAUUAAUCUACAUUUGCCACUCUCCACCCAAGUGAAGUAAAUGGGUACCCAGUAUAGGAAGAAAAUUCUAGAAUGCUUUAUACACCUUAUUAUGGCGACUAAGCUACUGCCGGGGUAAUUAUGAUACUUCGUCUUAGGCGCAGUAAAGUAUAUUCAUACAGUACAUGUAGCUUCGCUAUAUAAAUGGACCUAAUAUUAUACAUUUAUUAUUAUACUGGUAAAAAAUAUGAAAAUAAAGCAUUAUGUGACGUAGCGUACGUAGAUUCAGGCAUUUA